AUGUGGUAUAAAUGUACAAAAUAUGUUCUAAAGAGAAGAUAUAUAAACUAUCGCUAUUUUUCUAGUGAAAUAAAAGUAUAUGAUAAUUUAAAAAUUAUCGAAAGUAAAAGUUUGUAUGAAGAUAAGAAUACAAAAAUUAGUAUUAGAGAAUCUUCAAGAUAUGCAAUACCUAUACCACAAUGUGAUCGUUCUAUAAUAAGUUCUAUGAUAUAUAAAUUUUUUUUAAAACAUACAGAAUAUGGAGAAUGUGCAUGGAGAUUAGUACAUUUAAUAAUUGAGAGAUUAGAAAAUGAAGAGAUAUUAAACUUAUUUCGUAUAAAUGAAUCCUUUAAUAUGAAAAUGUAUUUUUAUGUUUUGCAUCUUUGGAUAAUUAAUAAAAGAUUAAGACAUGAACAGUAUCAAGGAGAUAUUAUAAAUACAUAUAUAUUUGAUAUAACGUGGAGAAUUGUUCGUGAUUGGAUGCUUUUAAAAGAUGUUCCAGAAUAUUCUUUUAAUGCGGAGCUUUUGAAUUGCCAAGAAUAUGCAUUUGGAUUUUUGGUAUCACUAGACGAAGCGUCUAACAAUGUAGAUAUUUUUCCAUCAUUGUUGAAGGAUAUAUUAUGGGAGCAUUUAUAUGAAAAGAAUGUGAAGAAAUGCGGGAAAAUUGUAACAGAGUUAAGUAAAUAUAGUCUUCUUCAAAUGAGACAUAUAUUUAAUUUAUCAAGUGAUCAUUUUUUACAAGCCUAUUUUAUAUGGGCUGAUUUUUAUAACCAGAAAAAAUCAAAUCGUCGUUUACCAGCAUUGUGUCAGCAAAUAUCAUAUGGAGGCUAUCGUCCGAAAGAUAAGAGUAAAUAUCUUCCCUAUGAUAAUGGCAAGAAAUUGUUACCAAGAAUUUAUUAA